AUGGCGACUGGACUCACUGCCUCUUCGACUUCUACUCAUAUCUUCCAUCGACAGUCCUCCACCAUGUAUCACAGCAAUCAGCCUCAGUAUAACUUCUCUCCUUCCACUCACCAUCAACCGCCUCCACCUCCGCCAUCAUCCAGGUCGUCGGCAGAAAUAUCCCCCUCGACUCGUCCGCAUAGACUAGCCGAUGUUCCAAGUACCGGCGUAAAGUCGCUACCGUCCAUCCACGAAGCACUCGGAAAGAGCAAUCCUCUACCAUACCCUCAUUCCCAGCCGUCAGUAUGCGGCCCCUCGCAGACACCGGGCCACAUUGCGCCUUCAUCAAAUCUCAUGACUGGGCCUAGUGCAGAAGGGCCUAGUGGACCAUCAAACCCAUUCUCAUCAACAAACUCUUCAGCACCGUCCCUGCGAGAUUCUAUCCUUAACUCACAACACCAUCCGUCUGCUCCAUCUCAGUCCGAAGGCUCAAUAAUGUCCCAGGACUCGCACGCCCGAUCUAUACACUCGAUAGGAUCGGAGAAAUCAUCUACUAGAGGCUCGGUUGCUGACAGGUCGUCGAUAUGUACUUCACACGCACCUAGCUUUGACAUGCUAUCUACAACUUCUACCGCUGUAUCUUCGCCAUCUAGCUACGUAUCGCCAGUGGGCUUCAACCCGUCAUCUUAUUCAUCCCACCGCAGUGGCCCGGCUUCACAAACUUUCCCUCCACCGUCCUUUGAAACCAGACCUUCCCAUUCGACGUGGAAUUUUGGUGCUUCAGACCAUACCUCAAUGGACAGUGUCAAGUCGAUGCAGAGAAGCAAUGGAUUACCAUACUGUGAUGCGGUCAAGAGACACCUUGAUGAUUACGACGUCCGCGCAUCUCUCAAUGAGGUCCGAGACACGAGUUCCCGGACGCUAGAUAUACUUCGACCAUAUUCCCAACGUCCCCAACCUAGGACAGAGUCAAUCGACCCAGCUAGCUUGAUGCCCUCGCUAGCUGAAAUCGACGAAUUGCUCCACUUGCAUCGCCACACGGCAGAGAUUCUCGAAAGAAUCCGUUCGGCCGCAAUCUCCCAUGAACAUUCUCUAAACGAACAGCGGAGUCACCAGCAAAUCUUUAAAACAGAUUAUACCCGCGAGAAAGAGCGGAUGCCCAUGUACGCCGACGAGUACAAAAACGGAACCACCUUGGCAAGUGGCAACACUCACAUCAUGAAUGGGUCUAGCAUCGAAAAGAAGCGCAGGAAAGCUGCCCCACCUGGCCGCUGUCAUAGCUGCAAUCGUGCCGAAACCCCUGAAUGGCGCAGAGGCCCUGAUGGUGCACGAACACUCUGUAAUGCUUGCGGGCUUCACUACGCCAAACUCACCCGCAAACAGGGUAUGAACAAGUCAACUUCAUCUACCGCUCCCACCUCUCAGAUGGCCAUGGCUGCAAGUAAUAUUCGGCCCAGAGCUGGUGUUGGCCGAUCAUCGCCUCUCCAGCCUUGA